GAAGAAACAGCUUCAAGACCCUAAGUGCAACACAAAAGAAAAAUUCUCGUUUCUAUUGCUAUUUCUCAGCUUCUCUAGCUUCAUCUUUUCAAAUUUUAAACACUUUUUGAAAGACCAAAAAUUAUGGCUGCAGAAAUGGUGGGUGGAGCUGCCCUCUCCUUUGCCCUUCAGGAGCUGAGUCGUAGUUUACCUUGUUUGGUUGACUUCCUUGGUAAAAGUAAAGUUAACGAAUGGCUGGUGAAAAAGUUGAAGAUCAAAUUAUUGUCCGCUGAUAGAUUGCUCAAUGAUGCUGAGGCGAAACAGAUCAAAGACCGAAAUGUGAGACAGUGGCUUGAAAAUCUCAAAGAAGCAAUCGCUGAUGCUGAGGACUUGGUGUAUAUGCUAAAUCCUGAUGCUAGAAGCAGCAGCAGCAGCAUCGGCAUGUUUUAUAAGGUGCGCAACUUACCAUCUAGAAUCAAUCAUAAGAAUAAUGUAGAAGAUAAGAUAAAAGGAACACUUGGCAUGCUAGAUUAUAUUUUGGAUCAGAAAGAUGAACUUAGUUUGAGAGAAGGUGUUGAAACUAUAGCUUUUAGAAGAUCAUCUAAAAGUAGUAUGGUGGAAGGAUGUGAUAUCUAUGGAAGGAGUGAUGAUAAGUUAGCCAUCCUUAAUUUGUUGUGUUCUAAUGAAGAAGGUGGAGAUAAUAUAUGUGUAAUUCCCAUUGUGGGCAUGGGCGGGAUUGGUAAGACCUCUCUUGCUCAGCUUGUUUACACUGACGACGAGGUCAACCAAUUUUUUAAUGUUAAAGUAUGGAUUACUGUGUCUGAUGAAUCUGAUGUUUUCGUAUUGACAAAGACGAUUUAUGAGAAAGCUACCAGUUCGGGAAAUAGCAACGUCAUGGAAACUUUUGAGCUUCAACUAGAAUUGAAGAAGUUUUUGCAAGGAAAGAGGCUUUUACUUGUUCUUGAUGAUGUUUGUAACUUGAAAUAUGAGAACUGGUGUGAGUUAAGGAGUCCAUUUAAAUUUGCAGCAUAUGGAAGUAAGAUUGUUGUGACAACACGCAACAAAAAAAUUGCAUCAAGGAUGGGUAGUGUCCCAAAUUAUCCCCUGCAAUUAUUAUCAGAGGAAGAUUGUUUUCAGUUAUUUGAAAAACACGCCUUCAGUAACGUGGAGCCUAAUGCAUAUCCUGUUUUGGUUGAAAUUGCUAAACAAAUUGUUAAGAAAUGCAAGGGUCUUCCUUUGGCAGUGAAAUCGCUUGCUGGUCUUCUUCGUACUGAACUAGAUCCCAAGAAAUGGAAGCAUGUACUGGAGAAUGAGAUAUGGGAUUUACCUCAAGAAGAGUGCAAUAUUCUUCCAGCUCUAUGGUUGAGCUAUUACUAUUUGCCUCCAUGUCUAAAACGGUGUUUCAGUUACUGUUCAAUUUUUCCCAAGGAUUAUGAAUUUAAGAAGAUAGACUUAACAUGUUUAUGGAUGGCAGGGGACCUUUUACUCCCAGAAAAUAAAAUGAUGCCUGAAGAAGUUGGAGAGAAGUACUUUGAUGAAUUAGAAUCGAGGUCAUUAUUUGAGAAAAAUAAUACCAAAGGCUUUACCAUGCAUGGCCUUUUGAAUGAUUUGGCUAAAUUUGUAGCAGGUGGAUCUUAUUUGAGGUUGGGUGAUAAUUACUCAGGUGUGCAUCCAAACAGGAUUCGUCAUGUGUUAUGGACGGCAAAUCAGAUUCAUGGUACCAAGGAAUUAUCUGAAAAUAAAGUAAUACGUACUUUGCUGCGAUUGGAUAAAGGGAAUGAAGUGAAUCAAGAAUUCAUCAAUGAAGAAUUCUUGAUACAUCCUAAAAGAUUGGAAAAUUUAAAAUGCUUAAGAGUGCUUUCAUUGCGACGAGUUGUUGCUGCUACAAAGUUUCUUGAUUCGAUUGGCAAAUUGAAAUUCCUAAGGUAUUUGGAUUUAUCUUGGACUGAAAUCGAAGAGAUACCUUAUACAAUUUGUCGUAUGUGCAAUUUGCAGACAUUAUUACUAUAUCAGUGUAGAAAUCUUGGUCGGCUGCCUGAUUCAAUUGACAAUUUGAAGGAUCUAAGGCACUUGGACUUAUCUUACACACAAAUUGGAGAGAUUCCAGAUACAGCAUGCAAUUUGCACUGUUUGCAUACUCUGUUAUUGAGAUCUUGCAGAAAGCUUAAAUGUUUACCAACCAGUAUCGACAGACUGAUCAACUUGCGCCGCUUGGAGAUUAGUGACACACCUUUGACAGAGAUGCCACGGCAAAUAUUCAACUUGAGAAAUUUGGAGAUGUUAUCUGAUAUAUCAGUAAGCACAAACAAUGGAUCAAGUAUAAAAAGGCUGGCUGAGUUUCACCAUCUGCGUGGUAAUCUUUGUAUCAGAAACCUUGAAAACGUGGCAUACGUUGAAGAUGUUUCAGAGGCCAAUUUGAAAGAUAAGAAGUGUAUCACUGAUCUGCGGUUGGAAUGGAAUGGUGAUACUGAUGAACACAGAGCGCAAGAGGUACUUAACAAUCUUCAACCACACACAGAUCUUGAGCAACUGUACAUUAUAAAUUAUGGAGGUAGAAGCUUUCCGGAUUGGAUAGGAGAUUAUUCAUUUUCCCAUAUAGUAGACAUGUGGCUAAGUAACUGUAAAAAAUGUUACAAGUUGCCAGCAGUUGGACAACUAUCAUCCUUGAAAUCCCUUAGGGUUGAUGGAUUUGAUGUGUUGGAGACAAUAGGCGAUGAACUCUAUAUCAGUGGUAGGUUUCCAAUAACUAAACCGUUUAAGUCUUUACAAACAUUGACUUUUAAGUGUAUGCCUCAGUGGAAGAAGUGGUCAUUAGUGGGAUGUGAAGUUUUCUCACAGCUCAAGGAAAUUCAUUUACUGGAUUGUCCAUCCUUAACAUUAAAUGGGACCUGCUUUGUUGACUCUCUUCAAUCCUUGACACAUGUUAAAAUCUUGAAAUGCCGACGACAAGUGGUGGCUUCACUUCUAAGUAGACAACUUCCCUCGCUUUGUUCCUUGUACAUAGAGCAUUGUACAGAAUUGGUCUCAUUUCCAGAGAGGAGAUUGCCUACUAAAAUACUCACGAUUAAAGUUUCUGGAUGCACGAGGCUGGAAUCAUUUUCAGAUGAGGGAUGGCCUUCAAAUUUAAAAUCACUUUCAAUUGUUGGAUGCGGGAAGCUCUUUGUGAACCGCGGGCAAUGGAGUCUAUGUACACUCACGUCUCUUACAUCUUUAGACUUCACUGGUAUAGAUGAAGUGGUGGAUUCAUUUCCGGAGGAAGGGCAAAUUCCCAAAGCCUUGACUUCUCUCAAGCUAUCGAAACUUAGAAACCUAAGAACCUUAAAUGGCAUGGCUUUCAGGCAACUCAUCUCCCUAAAAGUGUUGAGUAUUUCUUUCUGUGAUCAGCUCAAUUGCUUUCCAGAAGAAGGGUUGCCUGCUUCUCUCUAUCAGCUGGAUAUCAUUUCUUGUCGUUUGCUAAAAGAAAGGUGCCAGAGAGAUAAAGGACAAGAUUGGUCCAAGAUUGCUCGGAUCUCUCACAUAUGCAUAGACAAAGAGUACAUAUGAUCAACACCAUAUGGAAGAUAGACAUGUAUCCCUCUGUCUACAAAUUUUCAGGCAUUUUUUUAAUCUAUUUAAAAGCACUUGUAUAUUGGAACAUGAGCUCUCUACUUCUCUCACAGCUCACCGUCUCUGGUCUACCUAUCAAAGUCAGCAAUUUUUAAGCUCCCAAACAUUGGCUAAUCUUAAUCAUUUCUGGAUCCUACAGGAUUUUAAAUCAUAAUGGAGCAUGAUUAGUCUUUCCAUCCCACCAUGAGGAAGAUUUGAACUCAAAGCGAUGCACAUUGUGUCUCAUAUCUCAUAUCUUCCAUUAAGGCAAGGAAAGUGGAUGACUUGAGGAUGAAUGUAAAGGAUGCGAAGGCGGUUUUUCCUUCCAAUGUCUUGAAGUUUGUAAGAGCAAGAGCAAGAGCUAAACAAGAAAGAAAGUCAUUCGCCUCCUUGCCUCUCUAGUGCAGGCUGGUGUAUACUUGUUAUUUGGAUCUUUGUUCAAUUUUUGGAGCAUAUUGUGUGAAAAUUCUGCACCAUGAUCUGAUUAUGAUAUGGUCAGGACAUUUUUGCUUUUGAUAAUCAUUAAAGGGGGUGGUCAAAACAAGUUUUCUGUUUAUAGAUACUGUUAAGAUUUGCAAUUGCAGUAUCGGAUAUUCAAGGGUCAACAUAAUAGAUUGUCAUGUAUUAACUUUGUCAUUUUCUUAAUCUAUCAAACUAAAUAGGAUUUAUUAUUUCCUUUA